UGCCCAAACACCAAAAAUAUGCACACAAGAGAAGUCCCAAGUUUUUCAAUAACCUAACAAUCCAAAACCCUACCAUCACCCAUUUCUCUCAAUCCAAUCCUCUCACCACUAAUUCAAUUUGCAAUCUUUCCCAUAUCUCUCUUUUCCCACAAAAGCUUCUUUCUUCAUUGUUGAAAAAGCUUCCUCUUUUACUAUCCUCCCCUCUUUUUUGAUUCUCAAAACCCUAAUCUCUAUCCCCCCUCUGCAAUGCUAUAGCCCUUGAGCAAUUAGCACUCAUUUUUGGACUCCCAAAUCAUCUUUAUUCAUAAAGAUUCAAUUUUUAUUCAUCCCCAUCAAUUCAUUUUCAUAAAGAUUUGAUUUUUAGUUAUACCCAUCAAUUAAUUUUCUUAAAGAUUCGGUUUUUAUACACACCCUUGAUUUUGUUUGCGUAAAGAUUCAAUCUUUAUUGAUUUUCUUGAUAACAUGGCUCUUGCACACCCUCGUUUUAUUGGGACUAACAAGCCAAAAGUUGAUUCUUGUCAAAUGGCUUCUCCACAAUCACCAGUGAUUUUGACCCAAGAUGAAUUGAAGAAGAUUGCAGCUUACAAAGCUGUGGAAUUUGUCGAAUCGGGUAUGGUUUUGGGGUUAGGAACCGGGUCUACAGCUUGUCAUGCUGUGGCUCGAAUUGGGGAGCUUUUGCAACAAGGCAAGCUCAAGAACAUUGUAGGAAUACCUACGUCGAAAAAGACUCAUGAGCAGGCUGUUUCGGUGGGAAUUCCCUUGUCUGAUCUUGAUAAUUACCCGGUUCUUGAUCUCGCGAUAGACGGGGCAGAUGAGGUUGAUCCUUAUUUAAAUUUGGUUAAGGGGAGAGGUGGGUCUUUGUUGAGGGAGAAAAUGGUGGAAGGUGCUUGCAAGAAAUUUGUUGUAAUUGUCGAUGAAACAAAAUUGGUUAAGCAUAUAGGUGGGAGUGGAUUGGCUAUGCCGGUUGAGAUUGUGCCCUUUUGUUGGAAAUUUACUCUCGAGAGGCUUCAAAUGAUGUUUAUGGAUGCAGGGUGUGUUGCUAAGCUGCGGAGGUUUAUUGAAAAUGGUGAACCUUUUGUUACGGAUAAUGGGAAUUAUAUAAUUGAUUUGUAUUUUGAGAAAGAUAUUGGGGAUUUGAAGGUUGCUAGUGAUGAAAUUUUGAGGCUUGCUGGUGUUGUUGAGCAUGGAAUGUUUUUGGAUAUGGCUACGACAUUGAUUGUUGCAGGUGAGCUUGGUGUUACGGUCAAGAAUAAGUAGUUUAGCUUUUAGAGGCUUAUCUAUCAAUUUGCUUAGCUAACGUAUUAGUAUAUCUAUGGAAGGGUGGUAGGGAUUGCCCUGUUAAAUUUGGGCUACAAUGAGUCAAUUGUUGUAUCAGAUACAAUCUUGGAUAUGUGAUUGGGGAUGAUGUUCCGAAAGUUUUGCAAAUUCUUGACAUUUUUGUCUCAUCAUCUAAUUAUUAAUACAUUUCAUUUCCAAACA